CCAGUGCCCUCGAAAAGCGGCUGCCUAGUGAGCAGCAGCAGCAAGAAAUGGAAUUGCAAAAACAGCAACAACAGCAAAUGAACGCUAUGAAGUCAGCGCGUGUGGUGAUCAUCGGCGCCGGUGUAUCAGGCAUAGCGGCAGCGACUCGUCUCAUACAGUCAGGUUUUGAAAAUGUAGUACUGCUGGAAGCGGAAAAUCGUUACGGUGGACGCAUACACACAAUACCGUGGGGGGAGAAUGUCGUCGAUUUGGGUGCACAGUGGUGUCACGGCGAGCGGGAUAAUGUUGUAUACGAGCUGGUGCGUGAUCUCGAGCUGUUAUCACCGAUUACUGAUCGUUGUGAUGAUUACAAGUGUGUGCGUUCCAAUAAGGAGGUGGUGCCCGAUUCAGUUACACAGCGCCUGCAAUCGAUCGCUUACAAUUUAAUACCCGAUCGCCAAGCGGGUUUGAAAGAGUUCGAAGGCUCACUGGGCUCUUACCUCACUGAAAUGUAUUGGCGUGAGCUGCAGGAGACCGCGCCUGAUAUUGACAAAGCCGUCGCGCAUGAGUUCUUCGAGAACUUCAAGUGGUAUGAGUGUACGGAGAAGGGCUCCGAUCAUCUGUUUGACAUCUCCGGUAAAUCGCAUCUCGAUUAUUGGUUUUGUGAGGGCGAACAAUUGAUAAAUUGGCAGCAUAAUGGUUUUGGUAGUGUAUUGCGUGUGCUGAUGAAUGCGAAAAAGGACGAUCCCAAUGACUUGGGUCUACUCAACAAGCGUAUACAGUAUAAUGCAUAUGUGGAAAAUAUCGAGUGGAAAACACGGCAUGGGGGUGUGCACUUACGCUUGCGGUCUGGUGAACUCAUCGAAGCGGAUCAUGUGAUUUGCACAGUAUCCCUGGGCGUGCUCAAGGCAAAUCAUGAGAAAAUGUUUACACCAACAUUACCGCUCGCUAAAAGUCUAGCAAUUGAGGCGCUUGAUAUAGGCACGAUCGAUAAAUUUUUCUUAGAGUUCGAGGAACCCUUCAAACCACUCGACUGGCCUGCUUUCUGUUUACUUUGGCGCGCAGAAGAGCUGUCGGAGCUGCGCAAAUCGGAUUACUAUUGGUUGGAGAGCGUUUUCGGUUUCUUUCGUGUGGCUAGCCAGCCUCAACUACUGCUUGGUUGGGUUAUUGGUCCCGACGCACGUCACAUGGAGACGCUCCCUGAAGCGGAGGUACUCACUGCAUUACAAUGGCUCUUCAAGAAAUUCUUAACUUUUGAGGUGCCUACACCAAAACGCUUUUUGCGUACACGAUGGUACAGCAAUCCGAAUUUCCGUGGCAGUUACUCAUUCCACACGCUACGUGCAGAUGAGGCGCGCAUCGGCUUUGCGGAUUUAGCAGCGCCUUUGGUGGAUGAAAAAAAUGGUAAGCCAUUGCUACAAUUCGCCGGCGAAGCUACACAUCCACACUUCUACUCAACGGUAAAUGGGGCGGUGGAGAGUGGUUGGCGAGAAGCGCAACGCCUGAUAGCCCAUUACUAUUUGCAUCCAAAUGCGCAGUUAUAGGGAGGUGAGGUGAUAAGGAAACAUGCAAGAGUCUCUUUUUCGUAACUUGCAAAUGGCAUUUGAUAAAACAUGAAAUUGGCGAUUAGUUUUAUGUAUAUAUAUAUAUAUAUAUAUAUGUUUGUAAAUAUUUAUUACAUAAAUAAAACACACUUUAAGGUCUUUCCGGCAAAUUUUUCAGUUAA